AAACUGUAAUAAUCAUACGGAGAUUAGAGCCGGCACCGGGGGAACUUCAUUAUGGGAACCCAUAUCAGGGUGGUGAUUCUGUCCCAACUGCUGGGCCUGGCUCUGCCCUCCCCUACACAGAUCUUGUCAAACUCUACUAUUAAUGCCACUAAUAUGAACGGCAAUGACAUCUUCAGCCAGAUCCUGAGAACCAAUCAAGGACACGGUGGGCUGCACUAUCAGGGCGACAUUGACGUGAGAGUCGAGCGCAGCGAUGGGACCUGCAAAGACUGUUUGUGGCCAAAAUCCCAGAAUGGGUCGGUGCUGGUGCCAUACAGGAUUUCCGCAGAUUAUGGUGUAAGUGAUAUUGAGUCAAUCACUGACGCUAUGCUGGAAUUCUCCACCCUGACCUGCGUGCGCUUUGUCCCUCGCAGUGCGGAAAGGGACCAUGUCAUUAUCAGAUCUGAGAAUGGGUGUUUUUCCUCAAAGGGGCGGCUUGGGGGGGCUCAGACAGUGUCCCUGCUGAAACCUGAUUGUGUGGAGUUUGGGAUUAUCCAACAUGAACUCAACCAUGUCUUGGGUCUCGCUCACGAGAACUCCAGGAUGGACCGGGAUGAAUAUAUCACUGUAAUAGAAACCAACAUACCAGCAGAAUUUCACAGGGACUUUGAGAAGCCUGAAAGUGACAUUGUGGGCAUGGAAUAUGACUAUAAUUCUGUUAUGCAUUAUGGGAGUGGCGCUUUUAGUAACACGGGCGGUAUGAGCACCUUGGUUCCUAAACGCAACCCUAACGCGCAGCUGGGGCAGCUAUAUGGGCUCAGUAACCUGGACGUCUCCAAGAUCAAUCGUCUGUAUGAGUGCGAUGCCUGCAGUACCCUGCUCUCUGCUCCGUCGGGCACUCUGUACUCUGCCAACUACCCCUCUCCGUACCCAAACAAUGCCAGUUGUGUGUGGCUCAUCAGGAUCCCACAAGGGCAGGUGACCCUGCAGUUUGUCGCCUUUGAUGUUCAGCCUUCCGCAAACUGCACCUCCGACUACGUUAGGGUAUUUGACGGGGCAAGUAAAAGCUCCCCGGUGCUGCUGAAAAGAGCCUGCGGAAGGGCACAGCUCCCGGUCCUUAUUUCCUCCGCCAGGCGGAUGCUGGUGGAAUUCGUUAGCGACGCCAAGCACACAGCGUUUGGGUUCAAAGCCACCUUCACUACAGUUCAAUGUGGGGGUGUUUUCUACAAAUCCCCGGGGAACAUCUCCUCUCCAGGAUACCCCCAAAAGUACUCCGCCAACAUGGACUGCAUGUAUCUCAUUUCAGCUCCAUAUCAUCAGAAGGUCCAACUGAGAAUCCAUACCCUGAACAUGGAGGCCAGCACGGGCUGUAAGAGUGACUACCUGGCGGUAUAUAAUGGCAACACCACUUAUUCUCCACUCAUGCACAAGUUCUGCGGUUCCCUGGCACCGGGGGAAAUCAUUUCCAGUGGAAAUUCACUUCUGCUUCAAUUCCACAGCGAUCCCAACACAGAGGCACAGGGAUUCUUUGCAUCAUUUCACUUUGCUUGAAUUCCUCAGGGAUCUGUAACUCCAGGCUCCUCCCAGAUGUACAUCUGGUCCACCCUCACUUUAUGCCCAUCCUAUGAUGAUCAAUACCUUGAUAAAGCAUGUUUUCCUAUAUUGCUGCAACUUCUGAAAUCAUGUCAUUGAUAAAAUAAAAUAAUAAAAUAAAAGCAUUUUGUGUGAA